UGCUACGCCCCUGAACCUGACAGAUUCCAUAGAUUCCUCAGUUGUUGAGGAAGUUCAGUCCGUGGGGAUGGUUAAAUGACCGAGUGGCACUCAUCAGUUUAUGGUAGAAUAGUAGAUGCACGUUUUCAGCAGAACGCAGACAAGACUAACUUCAGUAUUUUCUAGAAAUGAUAUUUUUACUGCUCGUAGUUCAAGGGCUGAUGUUCAUCUUGACUGGUGGUGAGAGGGUCAGCGAGGGAAAGAUCUGCUCCAAGAAGAUCUUCGAGCGGUCUAAACUGAAAGCGGAUGAUCAUUUGAUGGUGGUGAGAUGUGGCACAAAUGAAUUGGUCGCACAGUUCAACUGUAUAAACUGGAACUGCAGUGACGACCCAGAUACAGAGGGAUGGUUCAAUCGAACAGGAGAUUUGGUCCUGAACCUGCUGAACUGCAGUAGCUUGGAUCGGUAUAAUGCAACCCUCAAUCUACAGCCGAUUCUACAGAACUUCACUCUUGAUGAAGAACCAGUAUUGUCCUCCACCAAAGCGUCACCACAGACCUCCUCCCCAAAACCUCCUGACUCCUCUGGACACCUGUGGCUGUGGCUGUGUGUUUUACUGAUUCUUCCAGUGUUGACUGUGAUCGGUUUCCUCUUGUUGAAGAAACACUGGAGGGAUCGUGAAGCAUUACCUGAUGCUGAAAAAGCUAGAGAAACCCCUGCUGUCUCCAGCACAGCAUCUGCACAAAAUAAUUGGGGAAAAAAUUGCACAGUGUGUAGCUGUCUUCUUCAAGACUUAUAGAGAAACCACUGACGAUCAGCUCGUGGACAUCUGACUUGAUUAACUACUGAGUUUGCACUGAUGUAUUCAGAAAAACAUCUGCUGGUCCAGAUAGUUCAGUGUUUUUUACUCCAUGGUGUCUAAUGCUGGCAAAUAUUUUUACUAAAGGCCUUUAUGUCAGUUUGCAAGAAACAAUCUCUCCUAAGCAAUACUGUAAACUUCAGGGAGCCCACUUAUUUGGUACAUUUUAAUAUUUAAAUUAACAACAGUGCUCAAACAAUGAUAUUCCGCUGCUGUUUAUUUUAAGAUCUAAUAAUCACACUCCAAAAAAAAAAAAGGAAAUUUCAACACAAAAAAGUGAUUCUCUCAUAAAAAAUAUUUUUUGAAAUUGUAAAAUUAUGUUGCAAUAAUAAGGUUAGUUCACCCAAAAAUGAAUAUUAGCCCAUGAAUUAUUCCCUCUCAAGGCUUUCUAGGUUUUUAUGACUUUCUUCUUUCAGAUGAAUCCAGUCUGAGUGCAUCAGUCCAAAAGAAAUCAAAAUAAAUUUAUCAAAUAAAGCACAUUCAUAAUAAAAAGUGCCUCCCAUGGUUCUGCUUCGCUAAAGUAGGAAAACUUUGCUUCCUUUUGCUUCUGUUAACAAACAUUGUUUUUCACGAGACUCUGGCACAUGUGCAACGCGGUUACAAUGCUUUCGUGGUCAACUGUUAGCGCCAGUCCUAAAAAAAGAAAAAGGGAGAUAAGUCUUGCUUUAUUUCUGUGUGCAUUUUUCUUAUUUAAGUGUAAUGUGUAAUUUAUUCAGUGUCUUAGAUACAUGUGUAGUUGUGAUUUCUGUGUUCUUUGGUACUUCUCAUCUCACAGCUGUCUAGUAGGUACCAUUAAUAAAACACUCCACUUUUUGGCU